AACAAACCCAAAGAAAGAGCAAAAAGGCGGAGACGGCACCAAACAAGCAACAAAACAAGGGUGUUGUUGGUGGUGUGGUGAGUGUUUUGUUGUAGUUGUUGUUGGCGUCGUUCGAGGUGCUGAAGCAAAGCCAAGGGAUCGCGAGAGGAGCAAGAAGGACGAGCAGGGGAAGACACAAGCAGUUGUAGCAGACACAAGCAGUCGCCGUUUCGUCAUGGACAACGAGGCGGAUCGCACAUUGAUCUUCACGGGUCGGAUAGGGCACGCUGACUUUAUCAACGGCAGCUUCCAGCUCCAGGAUGAGACGGUGAAUGGGAAGCCCGUGUACUUGUCAGACCACGAGAUCCCCGAUGGUUAUGAUGACGCGUCUGGCUGCAAGCUCUACCUCUACUUUCACGAGGAGAACGACGCGUGGGUGGUGAGCCAUGUGCUGAACUCGCUGGACGUGAUUGCCUUCGCUCCGUCACGCAUCACCAGCAUCUGGCACGUGGCCACGGGCAAAGGCCCCUUUGUCCCCGACCCAACUGUCAAGCUCAUUGCCGCGUCGACGGGCAAGGUUCUGACGCGUCUUGGCGCGUGGACGGUGGAGCCAUCGGGGGAGGUGGCACUCAAGAUCGAACACCCUCCAGAGCCCGGGAGCGAGCGGCCAAUGACGAUUGUUGAGCUGUUGCGACUGGCAGCGGACCGGUUCUCCGAUCAGCACGCGCUUGCAUCCAUCAAACCAGACGGCACAUGGGCGUUCCGCACGUACCGGGAGCUGUUUGAUGAGUGCGUGUAUGUUGCGCGGGCGCUGGUGAAGUUGGGCCUUCGCAAGCACCACACCGUCCUCAUCUACGGAACAAACGCUGCUGAGUGGACCAUCACCGCUAUUGGUGCGUGCGCGUGUGCGCGCGCGCGUGGCGUCAUGCUGAGUCACGACAACAUCACGUGGACCGCGCGCACCCUGGCACAGGCGCUUGGGGCGGAGCCGGCGCAGGACCGGCUUGUGUCGUAUCUUCCGCUGGCGAACAUGGCGGCGCAGAUGAUGCACGUGUGGAUGCCAAUUGCAGCCGUCGCCACCGUCUACUUUGGCAAGCCGGACCCCUUUGAAAAGCUUGACUUCAUGUCGACGCUGCGGGCUGCUAAUCCGACGCUGUUUGUUGGCAUUCCCUGGGUCUGGCGCCGCCUGUACGAGCACGGCAACGAGACAAAACGCCUCUCUGCCUGGGCUGCGCGCAAAGGGAUGAAGGGGAGCAUUCGUCUGCAGCGCGGGGAGGGGGUCAACUGGAAGUUCAAAUACGCAAACAAGAACACCUUCUCCAAGAUCAAGAAGGCCAUUGGCCUCGACGAGUGCCGACUGGCGAUGUGCAUCGACUCCAACCUGAGCCCGGCCAUGGCCGAGUACUUCCUUGCCAUCAACCUCCCUGUCUUUGAGUCGUACGGGUGCGCGGAGUGUGCUGGUGUGCACACCAUCUCAAUCCCGGGCCAAUCCCGCCCCGCUUCUGCAGGCAAGCAGCUGCCAGGCACACAGGUGCGCAUGACGCACGGCUCGCACGAGAUUCUGAUGUACGGGCGGCAUGUGAUGAUGGGCUAUCUGUUUGAUCCGGACGCGACGUCUGAUGCCAUUGACGAGCGCGGCUGGCUCCACACCGGCGACAUUGGCCAGGCUGACCGGAGCGGGUUCCUGUAUGUGACAGGACGUCAGCCGGACCUGCUGCUCACUGCUGGCGGCGCGUAUGUUCCGCCCGUCCCCAUCGAGACCGCGCUCAAGGCUGAGCUGCGUGGUCUGGUGAGCAACGCUGUGCUCGUCGGCGCAAAGAGGAAAUCGCUCGGUGUUCUCCUCACUCUCAACACGCUGACUGACGACCACUACACGCCGACGGACGAGCUUGCACCGGACGCCGUGUCCGUUCUGCGCGAGAUGGGCUGCACCGCCACCACGGCCUCGGCCUGUCUAAACGGGCCCCACACAGACCGCGUGAUGCAAUUUGUGCAUACUGCCCUUGAAAACGUCAACGCGAAGGUGGUGAGCGAGGACCAGCGUGUGACGCGUUUUGAGUUCCUCCCACGCGGAUUGAGUCAGGACACGCGUGAACUUGGGCCGACGUUUAAACUUCGCCGUCACUUUAUCGCCAUCAGGCACGCGAAUGUGAUUGACCGGAUGUAUGAGGGCGAGGAAUUGGACGACUAUGAGCAGCAGCCCUGGUACCACGGCCCAAUCACCCGCGCCGACACCAUCAACCUCCUCAAGCGUGAUGGCGGCGGGUAUGACGGGUGGUUCCUGAUUCGUCUCAGCACAAAGGAGAAGAACACGUUUGUCAUCACCCUGUGCUUCAAGGGCAAACUCUAUCACAACCAGAUCAAGUAUGCGGAUGGGGUGUACAGCACGCACAAGGACCAGGGCAACCACCAGUACAACACGCUGCAGGAGCUGGUGAACCACCACCGCGAGGGGAAGAACGGCUUCCAGACGGUCCUCACUCGCCCGUGUGCUCGCCCCACCGCCUCCACUUCCGUCUGAACACACACGCGUCGGAAACUAUGUGUGUGCGUGUGUGCGUGUGUGCGUG